GCACAGGAUGGCACUCAGCAGGAGGCACUGGCUGGCAGCGCUGGGCACACUGCAGCUCAUCAUCAAUCUGACUUCUGGUCUCUUAGAAGUAUCUGUUCAACAAGCCCUCAUCGUGGUGGUGGAAGGACAGAGAAUUACCAUACCAGCCUGGUACUCAUCCAGCGUUCAGAAGGACCCGUACGUGGCCUGGAGUUUUGUACAGCAAUCCGAGGAAGUGCAGUUUUUGAAAUAUUUCGGAGAAGUGACCAGCACGGACAGUCCUCAGUUUAAAGACCGGGCAAGGUUCAUCCACCAGAUGCCAUCCCAAAAUAUAUCGAUUACAAUUGACAAUGCGCAGGAACAGGACUCGGGACGAUAUAAAUGUUACGUGGACAUGGUCGGUGAAAGCAACUCUGGCGGGAGUAAUAUGAAAAUAAUUAAUGUGACCGUACACGUUAUUCCGUCGGUUCCCUUAUGUAAGUUGAUCGGGAAUCCAUACGUUGAAUCCAAUGUUACGUUUAGCUGCAAGUCAGCCAAAGGAAAGCCAGACCCCACGUAUUCCUGGAUGCGAACUGCGCCAUCUUCCCAGGUGUUUUUCCCUCCUGCUCAGGACGCUGAGAAAGGAACGUUAACGCUAACAAAUCUCACCGCGCAGAUGUCAGGAACCUAUGUUUGUACCUCGACAAACAGAGUUGGCAGUAACUCCUGUAAUAUCACCAUGGCAGUGACUUCAUAUUCCAAAACCGGAAUGAUUGUUGGAGCUGUUAUCGGGUCCAUUGUUGGAGUCUGUUGUAUUGUGAUAUUGGUGUACGUACUGAUCUACUUAUAUAGAAGAAAGAAAAAAGAUUCACAGGAAGAUAUGGAGAACGAGAUCAAAGAGGAUUCUCAAGCACCAAAACCAGUUUCCUGGACCAAAGGUAACGAGUCUGACAUUGUCUUCAAAAAUGACACUUUGUCAUCCGUCAAUACAAACAGAGGCCACAAGGCUUACAAUUCAAAGUCUCCGUCUGAUACAGCGUCCAUAACGACCACCACGGGAAGCAACCUGGGGUUUAAGCCGACCUACCUGAACGAAAGAAACACGAACGCAACCCCAACGCCAAAUCUGUCUAACCAAUCGUUACCCUCGUACAUGAUGCCACAGAAUGGCACCUAUUACAGUAGCAGUCUAACAAGCCAGGACCCUCUUCACAAAGCAAACGGACACAGCCAGCAGGCUCCGCGAAAGGACAUUCCCAUACAAUCAGGGGUCACACCAUCGAACCUUGUGAGAAUGGGUGCCGUAGCAGUCAUGGUGCCAGCGCAGAGCCAAGCUGGGUCUCUGGUGUAACCAACAAUUUCUGUUCAUACAGAAAAUUAUAUUGAGAAAUGUUUACAGAACUUCUCUCAGUCAAAAUUCAUAAACGUAUCUUAAUGCAAUUUUGCAUCGUCAGAGCCUGAUAAUCAACUAAAUCGGAUGAACCAGAUUUUCACCAGUUCGUGUGUUCUGCUCAGUGAUGUGGUCUGGAGCUUGGACCCAGCUCAUGUGUUCUGCUCAGUGAUGUGGCCUGGAGCUUGGACCCAGCUCAUGUGUUCUGCUCACUGACGUGGCCUGCUGCGUGGACCCAGCUCAUGUGUUCUGCACACUGAUGUGGCCUGCUGCAUGGACCGUGUCACACGACUUCAAGGGAGAUGUUCUCAAUCCUCGUUUUUUUUUUACAGAAGUUGGAGGGACUAUGCAAUUUUUUAUAAAGCUAAUUAUUUGGAUACAUGUUACUCAUUUUUGUGUCACAACAAUUUGUAUGUCACUUGUAAAUAGGAGAAUUGUUUUGUUUAAAGAAACAUUUUGCUUGUAUAAGAGAAAUCAUU